AUGGCCUAUCAACUCCAUGAAGAUGCGGGCGUACCUUUGGGGGCAUGCGGGCACCAAGAAUUGAAAAAAUUUCAAGACUUCCUAGCACCAGACUACCAAUUAUUGGUAGUCUGGUGCUAGGAAGUCUUGAAAUUUUUUCAAUUAUUGAAAGUCAUGGCAACUUCCUACCCCUACAUGAUGGUAUUUGUAGGCCCAGAAGCACCGCAUAUUAUCCGCCUCUUGCUCCAGAAACACGAUGACUCUGAGACUGGUCACUAUGACACUUGCACAUCUUACGCUGGUUUUCUAGAACGAUCCUAUUUUUGCGAUCAGUGCAACAAGGGAUUUGAUCAUAAUGACUUCAGACAUCAUCCAUGUGAGGGUCGAAGAUGUCAUGCAUGCAAACAAGUAGAAUGUGGCGCAAAACCUGAUUAUGCCUUGUGUGAAGUACCCUGUUCUUCUUGUUGCCGAAAGUUUUACAGUCAGACGUGUUAUGACAUGCAUAAAGAGAAAAAGAUCUGCGACAGCCUUGUUCAAUGCCCUAUGUGUCGUAAGGAGUUUCAAACCUCAGCGUCAAAAGAACCUCACCAAUGCUACUUUGACAAAUGCUCCGUAUGCCAUGAAUAUGUAAAACUUACAGAACACAAAUGCUUUAUUCAACCUGUGGCAGCCAAAGAAGAUCAAAGAAAGAAAAAAACCAAAGCAACCCUGAAACGCCAUAGAAAAAAAAAUCCCUUGGCCUCGGGGUAUGAAGAACCUCCCAUCUUCGUCUAUGCUGAUUUUGAAUCUAUGAUAGCGGAAGAUAACACACACAUCCCCGUAUUGGUCUGCGCCCUCACCUCUGAAGAUGAUACCUUCGAAACCUACUAUGGGGAGAAUUGCACGGCCGACUUUCUGAACUUUCUCACCCAGCUCACCGAGGACAAAUAUGGCGACCCACGCGAGGUGAUAUGCAUUUUCCAUAAUUUAAAGGGGUACGAUUCUAUGUUUCUACAGCAUCAGUUGGUAAAGGAAGAAAGAAAGAUCAAGGACAUCAUCGCCAUAGGCACUAAAUUGUUAUCCUUCAAAGUGGGUCAAAUCACAUUCAAAGAUUCGUUCAGCUUCCUCCCGAUGUCACUCUCAGCCUUUACCAGUACCUUUGGUCUCACGGAACUCAAGAAAGGUUUCUUUCCUCACCUGUUCCACACACCUGACCAUCAAGAUUAUGUGGGAGCCCUGCCAGCAGCCUCCUGUUACGACCCAGAAAGUAUGUCCAAUUCUAAAAAAAAAAAGAAUUUCAAGUCUGGUAUGAAGAACAAGUGA